UCAAGCAACAAAUCCCUUCGUCUUUCACUGGCCGAGGCUGAGCUCCGGCUGGUGCCCAGCAUGAUUGAAGCUACUCGAAGUUUAUCUUCCUCGACACCGGAUCGCCAUACACAACGUCAACGUCAUCAACUUUCUGCCGGCUUUUCUGUUUGUUCCACUAUUUAUACCUUAUCUUUUGACUCCUCUAUGCUUUUGCCCUCGGUGUAA